AUGCCGCUCCCCCACGUCCACUCAAACCGCCGCACUUCUUUGAGUAAGCGUCUCUCUUGUGAACGAGAAGAUCAUCGAUUUUCUCAGCGCUGCAACAGGUCAUCCGGUGACGAGCAAAAUUCCGGCCCGGAAGAUGAGACUAUAGUGGAGCCGGAUCAGGGCAAUGUCCUGUCUCACAUUAUAUCUCAGCUACGUCCCGGAGCCGACUUGAGCAGAGUGACGCUCCCUACGUUCAUCCUCGAACCCCGAUCAAUGCUGGAAAGAAUAACGAACUUUAUGGCACAUCCAGAGACGCUUCUACCAAUGCCCGAUAUUGACGAUCCGCUAGAGAGGUUCGUUUCCGUGAUCAAAUUCUAUCUGAGUGGCUGGCACAUCAAGCCCCCGGGUGUCAAGAAACCACUGAAUCCCAUCCUUGGAGAGACGUUCACUUGCUACUGGGACUAUCAAGAUGGCACUCGAGGCUAUUAUAUUUCUGAACAGACUUCCCAUCAUCCGCCAAAAUCUAGCUACUUUUUCAUGGCCCCCGAACAUCAUAUUAGAAUAGAUGGCACGCUCAAGCCGCGAAGUAAAUUUUUGGGUAACUCUGCUGCAAGUCUUAUGGAAGGCACAGCAAUUUUACGAUUUUUGAACCGCGGCAAGAACCCGGCCAAAGGCGAACGAUAUAUAUUGACCCAACCCAAUAUGUAUGCUCGCGGUAUUUUAUUCGGGAAAAUGAAAUACGAACUUGGCGACCACAGCUACGUUAGAUGUCCCGAAAACCACCUCGUUGCAGAUCUAGAGUUCAAGACAAAAGGAUAUUUUUCUGGUACAUACAAUGCUAUUGGUGGAACAAUUAAAAAUGAGCAGACAGGCGAGGUAUACUAUGAUAUUUCCGGUCUCUGGAACGGUGAAAUGUUUCUGAAAAAUCACACUACUGGAAAGAAGGAAGUUUUGUUUGAUGCUACCCAUGCAAAACAUACUUCACCUCGCACACGGCCGCUUGACGAACAGGGUGAUCGAGAGUCUCAGAGGCUCUGGAAUAGCACUGUUCAGGGCUUGUUUGCCAGAGACCAUGAAGCAGCAACCACAGAGAAAACCAAGAUUGAAGAUCGGCAACGUGAAGAAGCCGCAAAACGCACUGAAGAUGGUGUGGAGUGGCACCCUCGACUUUUCCGAGCUGUUCAGGGCGGACCCGGCGGCUCUGAGGAGGGAGAAGAAGAUAUUGACUGGAUCAUCAAUGCAGAGAUCGACCCACAGGAUAUCGAGAAAGCAAACAAGCAAAUACUCGCCAUUGCACCCAUCCUUCCCGGCCAAACGGCAUCAUCGUCGAGCAUAUUAGCCACUAAAUCGCAAGCCGCCAACAAGCCGCCACCCAGCAGUGGUGGCAAUGACCUAAUCGACUUUGACGAUGAUGGUGCUAACCCAACACAACAACAACAGGCCUCCGCUUCUCAGGAUUUACUCAGUGGUAAUGGCGCGGCCGGCCUAAUGGCACCCUUACAACCCUCGGGUACUGCAAAUAAUCCGCAACCAGUAAAAAGAGUAGACUCGAAGACGUCGGAUAUAGAUGUCUUUGUGGAUGCAGAGGAGAAAUGAUCAUAUCUUUAUUGAUCAGUGCCGGUGCUUUGCGUUUAUCAGCUUACUAACAAUUACAAGAUACCCGUCUCAAAAGAUCUCAUUCAUGUUGAUAAAUCGUCAUUAUAUAAUGGUGAGAGGAAGCGGGACUACAAUAAAAAUAGCCAACGUUAUUUAACUUGAGUGUUACUUUUGGGUUAACUAAUAAUCCUUUUUUUUCACUCUCUUUGCUUCUUUCUAGGAAUAUCUAUACAAUUCAUCGGAGGUGGUUCUGAAUAUUUUUUCUGAACAAAUACGAGAACGUUUGAUUUUUCAUACACUAGAAUAGAACUGGAGUGAAUGUGAAAAUAUGAGAAUACAAUCUCAUUCUGUAA